AUGUCAGCGCGCGUGCGCGUGGCCGCCGCCUCGGCACGCACGCUGGCUGUGGUGAGUAGGAUGUCAGCGCGCGUGCGCGUGGCCGCCGCCUCGGCACGCACGCUGGCUGUGGUGAGUAGGAUGUCAGCGCGCGUGCGCGUGGCCGCCGCCUCGGCACGCACGCUGGCUGUGGUGAGUAGGAUGUCAGCGCGCGUGCGCGUGGCCGCCGCCUCGGCAUGCACGCUGGCUGUGGUGAGUUGGAUGUCAGCGCGUGUGCGCGUGGCCGCCGCCUCGGCAUGCACGCUGGCUGUGGUGAGUAGGAUGUCAGCGCGCGUGCGCGUGGCCGCUGCCUCGGCACGCACGCUGGCUGUGGUGAGUAGGAUGUCAGCGCGCGUGCGCGUGGCCGCUGCCUCGGCACGCACGCUGGCUGUGGUGAGUAGGAUGUCAGCGCGUGUGCGCGUGGCCGCCGCCUCGGCAUGCACGCUGGCUGUGGUGAGUAGGAUGUCAGCGCGCGUGCGCGUGGCCGCCGCCUCGGCACGCACGCUGGCUGUGGUGAGUAGGAUGUCAGCGCGCGUGCGCGUGGCCGCCGCCUCGCCACGCACGCUGGCUGUGGUGAGUAGGAUGUCAGCGCGCGUGCGCGUGGCCGCCGCCUCGGCAUGCACGCUGGCUGUGGUGAGUAGGAUGUCAGCGCGUGUGCGCGUGGCCGCCGCCUCGGCAUGCACGCUGGCUGUGGUGAGUAGGAUGUCAGCGCGCGUGCGCGUGGCCGCCGCCUCGGCACGCACGCUGGCUGUGGUGAGUUGGAUGUCAGCGCGCGUGCGCGUGGCCGCUGCCUCGGCACGCACGCUGGCUGUGGUGAGUAGGAUGUCAGCGCGCGUGCGCGUGGCCGCCGCCUCGGCACGCACGCUGGCUUUGGUGAGUAGGAUGUCAGCGCGCGUGCGCGUGGCCGCCGCCUCGGCAUGCACGCUGGCUGUGGUGAGUAGGAUGUCAGCGCGCGUGCGCGUGGCCGCUGCCUCGGCACGCACGCUGCUGGAUCCCUCCAGCUGCCGCCAGUCUUGCAGACUCGGCCGUCCAGAGGUUUGUUCGGCGUCCGCGGCGCCCCCGCCUCUGGAUGGCGGCUCCACGGCGCGGCAUUGUGGGGUCGCCAGGCGGACCGCGCCUUUGUCUGGCGCUGCGGGGUUACAGCUUUUGUGCCGCCGCUGCUCGCGCCGCGUCGCGCAAUUACUGCGGAUGAAGGACUGGCCACUGGCACAGCGGAGCGCAGAAUCUGCAGCUCAGCCCCGUGUGGGCGCUCCUGGCCUCCAGUCACCUGCGAUCACUGUAGGGAUGGCGGCUGCCGCUGAAACACCCGGCUGCCGGAGUGCACUUCACUUAAGUGUGUAUGAUGCUGUUACUACUUUCAGUGAUGAUAACACUGUAAAUGUGCUGGCGCAAGCACACCGUUCGGCAAAGAUGUGGGAUGAAGAUCUAUUACAGGUGCUGGAUCAAUUUGAUAUCGCCAAGGAGGGGUCUUAUCGCGGCCGGAAGCUGGAGUCAGGGGGACCGCCAGAUAACGCCCAGGAGGAGAUGCCCAGCUGUAGGCGGCUUCCAGGGGCGGGCACUUCAGCGAUGCGCCUCAAAUUAUCUCAGCCGUUCCUGCUGGCCAGCGUCUUGAGGAUGCUCGGCGUGGUAAGUGACAACAGAGGAUGA